AUGGCCGCUCGCCGGUCCUUGGCUCGAUCUAUCCCCGCCCUUCGCUCGGUUCCCCGCACACCGGCUAUCGCGAGGGCCUCCAAUGCCCGCACUCUUGCCACUGCUACUCCAGCGGCCAGAAUGACCUCCAAGGCUUCCAUCUCGACGCCCGGGGCUAUGUCGGCCGCCCGUCGACUGCAUGCCACUGCUCAGCAACUUGCACCUUCGACUACCUCCGCCGCCAGCACUGCUACUGAGUACCCAACCUCCCACGAACAGAUUGCCAAGCCAAUUGACACCACCAAUUUCUUGGACAAUGAGUUUGUGUCUUCCCAGGCAACCAAGUGGAUUGACCUCCAUGACCCUGCUACAAACAACCUCGUCACUCGCGUUCCUCAGAGCACGGAUGAGGAACUCAAGGCCGCUGUUAAGUCGGCCGAGAAGGCGUUCCCUGCCUGGCGUGCAACCAGUAUCAUGGCUCGCCAGCAGAUCAUGUUCAAGUUCACUAGCCUCAUCCGUGAGAACUGGGACCGCCUCGCUGCUUCUAUUACCCUUGAGCAGGGAAAGACCUUUGCCGAUGCCCGCGGUGACGUCCUGCGUGGUCUGCAGGUUGCCGAGACCGCCUGUGGCAUUCCUUCGCUCAUGACUGGCGAGGUCCUUGAGGUGGCCAAGGAUAUGGAGACCCGUAGCUACCGCGAGCCUCUCGGUGUGGUUGCGGCUAUCUGCCCUUUCAAUUUUCCUGCCAUGAUUCCCCUCUGGUGCAUCCCCAUUGCCACUGUCACUGGUAACACACUGAUCUUGAAGCCCUCUGAGCGUGACCCCGGCGCGGCCAUGAUCCUGGCAGAGCUGGCCAAGGAGGCCGGCUUCCCUCCCGGUGUUAUUAACAUUAUCCACGGCCAACACCGCACUGUGGACUUUAUCCUUGAUGAACCCGCUAUCAAGGCUAUCAGCUUCGUUGGCAGUAACCGUGCCGGCGAAUACAUCUACACCCGUGGCUCUGCCAAUGGAAAGCGUGUGCAGGCCAACCUAGGCGCCAAAAACCACGCUGCCGUUCUGCCCGAUGCCAACAAGAACCAGACCCUGAACGCCAUCAGCGGUGCUGCUUUUGGUGCUGCUGGCCAGCGCUGCAUGGCUCUGAGCACUCUUGUCACGGUGGGCGAGACCAAGGAAUGGCUUCCUGAGCUCGUUGAGCGUGCUAAAGCUCUUAAUGUCAAUGGUGGCUUCGAGGAAGGAGCCGAUCUGGGCCCUGUCAUCAGUCCCGAGAGCAAGAAGCGCAUUGAGGAUCUGAUUGCUAGUGCUGAGGCCGAGGGCGCUACCAUUCUGCUUGAUGGUCGUGGCUACACCCCGGAGAAGUACCCCAAUGGUAACUUCGUUGGUCCCACUAUCAUCACUAACGUGACCCCCGACAUGAAGUGCUACAAGGAAGAGAUCUUCGGUCCGGUCUUGGUGUGUCUGCACGUCGACACCCUCGACGAUGCCAUCGAGUUGAUCAACGCCAACGAGUACGGCAACGGUGCCGCUAUCUUCACCCGCUCCGGCUCCACUGCCUCACGCUUCCAGAAGGACAUCGAGGCGGGGCAACUUGGCAUCAACGUCCCCAUUCCUGUCCCUCUUCCUAUGUUCUCUUUCACCGGUAACAAGAAGAGUAUCGCCGGUGGCGGUGCCAAUACCUUCUAUGGCAAGCCCGGUUUGCAAUUCUACACACAGCAGAAGACCGUCACCAGUCACUGGAAGGCCGAGGAUGCCGUCAGCACUAAGGCCAACGUUGUGAUGCCUACACACUCUUGA